AUGGCGAAACAACGCGAAACGCUUUGCACGGAGCUGCGAGAAAUACAGCUCCAGGAGGAUGACGCGGUAGAACAGUUCAAUGACCGCAUCAAUGAGAUCAUCGCACAGUACAGCGAUACGUUAAACGAGCUCGCGGACAAGAGAGUCAAAUUGCUCACGGACCCUACUGUGGUAGAUACGCUGGCGAAGAAGCGAAUGUCGGAAGUAGAGCGAUGCUACAGCGAACUCUCACUGACCGAAAUAUCUGGCGUGAACAGGCCAGUGGACGAAAGGUACCAGGCGCAUGGCACCACGGCGUGGCCUAUGUUCUGGCUACACGCGCUUAUGGGAUGCUACGUUACCAAAAAGCGGGUGUCGUGCCUUGACAAACGCCUGCUGGGAUACCUUCGCGACAUCAGGUGUCGAACGGUACAAGUACCGAAUCCGGGCGAUACAUUCGAUGUCGAGUUCCAUUUCGCGGAGAACCCGUUCUUCUCAAACGCGACGCUUAAAAGGCGGUUCAACGCUAACGGCUAUUUCGACGAGACGCAUUCCUCCUCCGUUGCAUGGAAGGACAACGCGGAGAAAAUAGCCGAGGAGCUGCCGUCAUUUAACUCUGAUGACGAUUACGAAGACAUUAGCGACGACGGACUGGCACGCGUCAGCUUCGUCGACUUCUUCCAGCCCUACGGCUAUGACCCAGAUGAUCUGCUUGUGGCGAUGGCAAUCAAAGACCGAAUAUGUCGCGACCCUCUCAAGUACGUCCUGCGCUUCGAAAGCGCAAGGCGGGGCGACGACGUGGAGUACACGGACGACGAGGGUGCGAGUGUUGCUGCCGAGACGAACUACGACUCUGCCGGAGGACGGUACCCGUUCUCGUGGUUAUUCUGA